CUCUCUCCGUGCGUCCUCCCCCACAGUAACAGUUUAGCAGCAGCAGCAGCAGCAGGAGCUCUUACAGCAUCCACCAUCCAUCCCUGCUUGGGAAGCAGCAGCAGUCCUAUCCGGCGCAGCACCGACGCACGGCAUCAUCUAGGCCAAGUGAUGCCACAGCAUCAGUCGCAUUUCGACACCAAAUACUGAAAAUACAUCCUAAAGGAGGGAGAGAAGACACUUCAGCCUCGAAGACAGCAACUGCUCAUGAAGAUGUCUAACGCUGACAUCGUCUUAAACGCCACCGAUCGGAUGGUGAAAUCUGUCCCCUUCCCCCUGAGCCACCGCCUUACAAUGAAGGAAGUAUUUGACUGUGAAGGGAAACCUCGUGUGGAUCUCCUGAAAGCCCACCUCACCAAGGAAGGCCGUGUAGAGGAAGCUGUGGCACUUCGAAUCAUCAAUGAGGGAGCCGCUAUUUUGCGUCAGGAGAAAACUAUACUGGACAUUGAGGCACCAGUCACAGUCUGUGGGGACAUCCACGGACAAUUCUUUGACCUUAUGAAACUGUUUGAGGUGGGAGGAUCACCAGCCACAACACGGUAUCUGUUCCUUGGGGACUAUGUUGAUCGCGGCUACUUCAGUAUUGAGUGUGUUUUAUACCUUUGGUCGCUGAAAAUCCUCUAUCCAAAGACUCUAUUUUUACUUCGUGGAAAUCAUGAAUGUAGACAUUUGACAGAAUAUUUCACCUUCAAACAAGAAUGUAAAAUCAAGUACUCAGAGCAGGUGUAUGACUCAUGCAUGGAUGCAUUUGACUGCCUUCCUCUGGCUGCACUCAUGAACCAACAGUUUCUGUGUGUUCAUGGUGGACUGUCACCUGAAAUACACACCUUAGAUGACAUUAAAAAGUUGGAUCGGUUCAAGGAGCCGCCGGCAUUUGGGCCUAUGUGUGACCUGCUGUGGUCUGAUCCUCUGGAAGACUUCGGCAAUGAGAAAUCCCAGGAAUACUUCGGCCACAACACAGUGCGAGGCUGCUCCUAUUUCUACAGUUAUCCAGCUGUGUGUGAGUUCCUACAGAGCAAUAACCUAUUAUCAAUUAUUCGAGCACAUGAAGCACAAGAUGCUGGCUACCGGAUGUACCGUAAAAGUCAGACCACUGGAUUCCCAUCUCUCAUUACCAUCUUCUCAGCACCAAACUACCUGGAUGUUUACAACAACAAAGCUGCUGUACUGAAAUACGAAAAUAAUGUCAUGAACAUCCGACAGUUCAACUGCUCACCUCAUCCCUACUGGCUGCCCAACUUCAUGGAUGUCUUCACCUGGUCUCUGCCAUUUGUUGGAGAGAAAGUCACAGAAAUGCUGGUGAAUGUGCUGAGCAUCUGCUCUGAUGAUGAACUCAUGAAUGAUGAAGAUGAGAUAUUUGAUGCCAAUGCAGCUGCAGCACGCAAGGAGGUGAUCAGAAACAAGAUCCGUGCUAUUGGGAAAAUGGCCAAAAUGUUCCAAGUUCUCAGAGAGGAAAGUGAAAAUGUGUUGACGCUUAAGGGCCUGACGCCCACUGGCAUGCUGCCGAGUGGGGUUCUGUCUGGAGGGAGACAGACACUGCAGAGCGCCACCAUUGAAGCCAUUGAAGCCGUUGAGACGCAUGAUGAGGACAUAGAAGCUAUCCGUGGGUUCUCCCCCCAGCACAAGAUCACCAGCUUUGAGGAAGCUAAGGGUCUAGACCGCAUCAACGAGCGCAUGCCACCUCGCAAGGACGGGGUGAACCAUGUGGGUCACUCCAUGGGAAAGAUGAAUAUGUCAGAGGCAAACGGCACGGAUGACAACAGCAACAUCCAAUGAUGUGCUGUCUGAGCCCCAGAAUGGCGCUGCUGUUGCUCUGUGCAGUGAGACAUUGCCAAAUCAGGAACUCAGGCCUCAGAACAUAGAAAUCAAACAGGCCUACAGACAGAACAUGAAAUCUGCAGCAAAUCUAAAAUGGGCGAAAAGGUCAUUUUUUUCAUAACGGUGUCAUUGCACAGCUGGGGGAGGGGGGAGUUGGGGUUGACAGCUGAAGGAUAAGGAGAGGGCAGCAGGCUGCAGCUUGACUGGAGAAACGUGGUUGAAAGUUGUCUCCGCCUGUUGUUUCUUUUCUCAGUUCCAUCACAGAUGGAAUUGUUGGGGGUUGUGUUUAUCUUAGCAGAUGUCGGCUCCGUCAUUACAGGGCCUCACAGAUGACAUAAAUUCCAGUAUCCAUGCCACACAAAUCAUUUAGUGUUUUAUAAAGUGUUUAUUAUGAAUCACUCACAAAUUCACUUCUUGAGGAAAAUACUCUUGUUUACCUACAUGUUUUGCUAGUAUUAAUAAGUCAAACCACUUUUUUGAGAAAGAAAGCAAAAAAAAAAAGAAAAUGAUAAGCCAAGAGUGUACCUCUUAAAACUUGCAGUGCAAUCUUACCAGUGGACUUGAAUUUAUUGUUUUACUGUGUAGUAAGA